AUCACGACCUUUUCGUCUUAGUGGAAAAGUCUACGUUUAUGAAACUCGGUGGAGAAAUUGAGUUUCGAUCUAAUCUGGAAAAACGAAUUUCGUCCGAAAUGAUCGGAUCUAGGAUGCAAGAUAUAACCAAACAUGACAAGUCAGUCCAACAAGUCAAUGUCGUUAAUCUCGUUUUCAACGGUAACCACCACACACUUGGAACUGUUACACAUGCAAUGAAUUUUGGUACAGUAUCUGUGGUAGUAAAAGGGUCAAAAGGUGUGGCGGAGAAAAUAGCAUAUGAGGUCGAAAGCACGACUGAUAUCCAAAAACGACACGACGAGGAAUAUGAGGAUAUGAUGAAAGCAUUUCAAGCAACUCUCCAUAAAAAGCCAUACCUUUUAUGGGUUUGGGAUCUGCAAAACAUGCCUGACAAAUGUGAUGAAAGGAUUCUUGACAUAUGUAUGAAAGGUUGGUAAAGUCUCGUUGGUCAGGUUUUCUUUAAGACUUACUAAAUCGUUUACUUUUCUCUAUAUACAAUAUGUAUAGGGUGUUUCCAUAUACACAUUAGUAUUAUUUGCUGUUAAAUGGUCAGACUCAAUUGAUUAGUUGCAUUUUAUCGGAGUUUAUAAAUGUGAUAUUACGGAAAAUACAUGUUAUAAUGUAAUGUUAAUAUCCGGAUGGUGUGGUAGUCGAGUGGUAACACUCUGGUCUACCAAUUCAGAGGUCGUGGGUUCAAUCCCUGUCCGGGGCACUGGAAAUUUUAGAAAUGCUUCAAGUGAUUCCCACCCAACUAGAUGUACUGGUAUGAUACC